CUCGAAGAACUUCUUCCACACAUUAAAGGUAAUGUUGGAUUCAUUUUCACUAAAGGUGAUCUUUAUCAAUUAAAGGCUAAACUUACUGAACUUAAAGCACCAUCACCAGCUAAAGCUGGAGUUAUUGCACCAAAUGAUGUUAUUGUACCAGCUGGUGAUACAGGACUUGACCCAACUCAAACUAACUUUGUCCAAGCAUUGAAUAUUGCAUCAAAGAUUACUAAAGGUCAAAUUGAAAUUACUUCAGAAACUCUUUUAAUUAAAGAAGGAGAAAAAGUUGGAGUAUCACAAGCUGUUCUUCUUCAAAAAUUAAAGAUUAAUCCAUUCAAAUAUGGAGCUGUCAUUGAUGUAGUUUAUGAUAAUGGUAUUGUUUAUGAUGCUAAGGCUCUUGACUUAACUGAAUCUGACAUUGUCAAGAAAUUCCAAGAAGGUGUUCAAGCUGCUACUGCUAUUUCACUUGCCGCUAAUCUCCCAACCGAAGCAGCCUGCCCACACAUUAUGCUCAAUGCAUUCCAAGCUCUCCUUGGAUUCUCAAAAGAGAGUGGUGUUGUAUUCCCAUUGGCUGAAAAGAUCUUCAACAACAUGACUGCCGCUGCUGCUACUGCUGUUGCUACUGAAACUAAGACUGAAGAAAAGAAAGAAGAAGCCCCAGCUGCUAAAGAAGAAGAGGAAGAAGAAGAUUUUGGAGGAUUUGGUGAUUUGUUCUAA